AUGUUCGGCAAACUGAGCACCAAGAUCGCCCUCCGAAAAGCAGGUCUUCCAUCAAAUACACUCUCCAGUUUCUCAAUCACAAACCUCGAUAAUGGUGAUAAAAAAUCUAUAAACAUGAAGUCUGGGAAAAGUAAUGAUCCGCCAGCUACGUGGGCAGAUACAUUUUCGAAUAUGACUUCAGAGGUUAAUGUUCCCAAGAGCUGGAAAUCAUGGGGGAAUCCUGCGCCGGCGGUAGCGGAGGUUGCUACCGCGCCGGUGGUGGGAUCGAAGGCGCCUAGUACGGGGAAGUUGAUACUUCCGAUGGGGGAUAGAAGGGCUUGUGUACUUGUUUUUUUGAGGUGCUGUGGAUGUGCUUUUGCAGAAAAGACCUUCAUCGAACUCCGUCGCUUAGCCAAUAAACAUCAAAACCUACAUUUCAUAGCCAUAUCGCACAACUCCAAAGAAGCAACAGAUAAAUGGGUGCAGCACAUCGGAGGAGCAUGGUCAGUUCAAGUAGUCACCGAUGAAGAUCGGGAAAUCUAUGCCAGUUGGGGAUUGGGAGUGAGCACGACGUGGCAUUUGCUAAACCCAUGGACCGAGAUUGCACGACAGAAACUGGGGAAGCAAGAGGGGAUUUGGGGAAGAGAAGUCGAUCCUAGUGGGAACCGAUGGGUGGUGGGUGGAAGCUGGGCUAUGGAUGAGAUGGGGACGAUUAAAUGGGGUGGUGUGAGUAAGAGUGCUGAUGAGAUACCUGAUUUGGUGGAGGCCUGUAAGAGUGUGGGUGUUCUGUGA